AUAUUAUAAUAUCUGGCAAACGGCUGUGCGCGCGCGCGUCGCGUGCGACUACGUCACCGGCGUCUAUUGUGCGUGCGCUUCGAGACGACCCUUCGUGACGGCGUCGUAAACGGCGCGAAAAGGUUGCGGCGAGUGACAUCAUUGUCGUUUAUCAUAUUACAUUAUCGUUGUGAUUUGUCAUUGUUCUUGGGCGGCUCGGAAGGCCGCACACGAAACGCUCGCGCGGCACACCACUUUUGUCCGGCCGCCCCGGCGCCAGUCGGCCGCGUAUAUAUACCGCCGGACGGCACACGAUCCGCAACACUCGUACGCUUCCGACCGUCUAAGUGAUAACCGUCGCCGCCACCGUCGUUCGCUCAAAACCGUCUUCCGACGCACACACAACCGUCCACGCCCCGACGCCGGUUGUACGACGACCGAACCGGCCGCCGACCGUCGACAAGCGCACGCCGAGCCACCGCGCUCCCGCAACGAUGACGACCGCCAAUAAGAAAUUAAUUAUUGUGGUAUGUCUAUUGAGAUUGUGUAUUUGCCAGCAAUAUGAACAGUCAGGAGGACAAGGAGGUUAUUCAUCGUCAGGUGGAAAAUAUAACUCUCCUUCCUCUGCAGGAAGGUCUGCAGCAUCCGGAAGACCAAAUGGUGGUUCUGGCUCCAAUGGUUAUAAUCCUACAUCCGGUUUUCCUGGCCAAGGUCAAGGCGGAAAAGGUGGCUACGGAAACGGUUUAAAUGGAAACUCAAGAUAUUCAGGAAGUCAAAAUGCAGGUGGCAUAAAUUGUGGCCCCAAUGAUAAUAAUGGUGGCUUUGGUGGAUCCAAUAAUGGUUUUGGAGGAUAUGGAACCAAUGGCUUAAAUAGUGGUUCCAAUGGCGGUGGAAAUUAUGGGGGUGGAAGCAGUGGUUUUCCAGGAGGAAAUGGAGAAUAUGGAAGUGGAGGCUCAGGAGGUGGGGGAGGAUAUGGAAAUGGAGGUUUUGGUAGUAGUGGUAGUGGCGGUGGUGGAGGAUAUGGAAGUGGAGGUAUUAAUGGACGUGGAAAUAGUGGUUUAGGAGGUAGUAGUAGUUACGGAAAUGGUGGUUUAGGUGGAAGCGGUGGAUAUGGGAACGGCGGUGCAGGAAGCAGCGGGGGAAAUGGGAACGGUGGUGCAGGAGGCAGUGGAGGAUAUGGAAAUGGGGGUUCAGGAGGUUCAGGAGGAUAUGGUAAUGGAGGUUUAGGUGGUAAUGGAGGCUUAGGAGGUAAUGGAGGAUAUGGUAAUGGAGGCUUAGGAGGUUCAGGAGGAUAUGGUAAUGGGGGCUUAGGAGGUAAUGGUGGUUUAGGAGGUGGUAGAGGAUAUGGAAAUGGAGGUUCAGGAGGUUCAGGAGGAUAUGGUAAUGGAGGUUUAGGUGGUAAUGGAGGCUUAGGAGGUUCAGGAGGAUAUGGUAACGGAGGUUCAGGAGGUUUAGGAGGAUAUGGUAAUGGAGGUUUAGGAGGUAAUGGAGGUUUAGGAGGUAAUGGAGGCUUAGGAGGUUCAGGAGGAUAUGGUAACGGAGGUUCAGGAGGAUAUGGUAAUGGAGGUUUAGGAGGUAAUGGUGGUUUAGGAGGUAGUGGAGGAUAUGGAAAUGGAGGUAAUGGAGCUAAUGGUGGAAAUUUUAAUCCAAAUCAAAAUGCUCCUCCUGCUGCCAAAGUUAGUUUCAAUAGCUAUUUUGGAAAAUCCGGACGAAAUGGCCGAGGACAAUUCGGUGGAUCAAAUAAUGGAGGAUUUGGCAGUCCCGGUGGUCAAAAUGGUGGUGGUUCUGGAUCCUACGGUGGCCAAAAUAAUGGAGGUUUUGGCAGUCCCGGUGGUCAAAAUGGUGGUGGUUCUGGAUCCUACGGUAGUCAAACCAAUGGCGGUUCUGGCGCUUAUGGUGGACUGAACGGAGGAGGUUCUGGUUCAUACGGUGGUCAAAAUAGUGGAGGCUUUGGUUCUCAUGGAGGAGGUUCUUCUCCAUAUGGUGCACAAAAUGGUAUUGGUAACGGUUUGGGAUCUGGGCAAUACGGAGAAUCAGACUUUGGCGGAUCCGGACAAAAUAACGGAUUCGGAAAAAAUUCUCCUGGAGGAUUUUCAUCAGAAUCUUCUGGUCAAGGAUCUAAUGGGUAUUGAUACUUAACAUUGUAAUUUUAAAUUAUAAUUAAUUUAUUAAAUUAUUGUUUUAUAAACUAAUUUUAUGUAUUAACAUUAAAUAUGUGUAUUAUUUAUAAA